AUGAAUAUUUCCUCGACCUCGACCUACGAGGAUGAAAACUUCGGUGAGCGAGUCAGUAUGGCCGUGCUCCUCUGUAUAAUAUCCUUCCUGGGCAUCGUCGGUAACACGCUCACCAUCUUCUCCGUGAUCGCCUGCAGGAGGUUGCAGACAUUACCAAACGCCUUUGUCGUCAGCCUGAGCCUCAGCGACUUCCUCAAUUGCUCAAUCAAUAUCCCCGUCCAAGUGACAGCGCUGACGCAGAAAGUUGACGGAACGAUUUUCAAUUUCGUCUGCAUGUCAUCCGCCAUUUUGAAUUAUUUACUGAUCACGUGCAGUGUAUCCAUGCUGGAUUUGAUCGCCAUAAACCGGUAUAUAUUGGUCACCAAGUCGCAUCGGAUUUACACGUUUCUCUACAACAAAAGAAACAUGGUGGUGACGAUUGGUGGAGUCUGGUUCUCCUCCGCUGCAGUUCUAAUAGCUCUCGGACCUACGGGUGUUGUUCUUUAUGGUUACUCGAAUGAGUUGUCAUUGUGCCAACUUAAGGAAGAGAGUCGCGUCAUUGAUGUCAUCUGUGGAUUGCUCUUCUCUGGUUCGUUCAUCAUCGUUUCAUCCUGUUACACCAAGAUAUACAUUCAUGUAAGAAAACAUUUGCGCCAAGUGGCCCACAUUAGACUCGGCCCAGGCCGGCCGACCCCGAGCACGUCAGCUCAGACAAAUUCAUCUGGGAAUAUCAGUAAUAUCAUACCCGUGGAUACGACUGGGAACCGGCUCGGCGAGACGGCUACUCCGAGACCUUAUGAAAAAGAGGAUAGUCCUGUGGAUGAGACGGAGAAUCGGAUAACUAUGAAUAUGAUCAUCAUCGUGGUUUGUUUCUUUCUGUGCAUCUUGCCUACGUUGGUGAUAGUCCUGCUACCUGGUACACAGAAUGCAGGGCUCUUUACGGUGGUCUUCCUCUACUCGGCAUCAUGCUGUAAUCCUAUCAUCUACGCUUGGAAGCAUCCCGUCUUCAGGAAGGUCUUCAAGUGCAUCUUUAAGAGGAGGUGGGCUGAAAUUGAGGAGCCGUCGCCAUGGUUACGGGCUAUGUUACCGAGAUGA